AUGACAGCGUCCGCUAACGAGACUGACUUUCUUACAUGUGACUGUACUAAAUAUGCCAACAUUACCACAUCAGCAAACCAUUACAUUUUCUAUAUUCUGGAAAUCUUAACAAACUGUAUCGUAAUCAACUUAAUUUGUGUGUUUGGGAUCGUAGGGAAUUCUAUCAACAUCUUGGUCCUUUGUAAACAUGGAUUUCAGGAAACCACCAAUAUUAUUCUGGUGGCUCUUGCUGCGUCAGAUUUGCUGUUUUGUAUUAUACUACCGAUGACAAGGUUAAAAUGUAUUGUUAGUCAAUUUGAUCCGGGAUUUGCAGUAACUCUAAACACGUUUGUGACUGUGUAUUUGCUUAUGCCCAAGUAUGUGUGCUACGCCACCAGUCUUUGCUAUGUAACAGUAAUUGCCGUUGAAAGACUUGUUGCUGUUUUCUUCCCCUUCAAAGUCUCCAGAAUCUUCAAUAGAGCGCUAGUGAAAACGAUAGUUGUGUCUGUGCCAAAUGUUGCCAUAGUGGCUUUAAUUCCAACAUUUCUAGCAUUGACAUUUUCUUGGAUAUUUUAUGCCGAUCUUGACCAAACACUAGCUGUCGUUAGAUACACUAAAUUUUAUCUUGAUCAUAAGGACUUCCUGGAUUAUUACGCCUGGGUUGGACUAAACUACUUUUUCUGCGUGUCAAGUAUCGUAAUCACGUCCGUGUGUUGUAUAGCCAUAGGUAUCAAACUUCACCAAGCGGCUGUCAAACGAGAAACUAUGACCUUAAGGUCAUCUGGGUAUGACGUCAGGGUAGUCCGGAUGCUGGUGACCAUAUGUGUGGUGUUUCUGGUGGUGACCAUCCCCAACGUGGGCUUGUUCUCCUAUUUUGUUCCAAACUUUAUCUUUACAUCGACACUUCACAAACUCAUUGACAACUUCUGCGCCAUUCUCUACGCCAUCAAUUCGUCUGCUAACUUCUUGGUUUACGUCACUAUGUCCAAGAAGUUUGCCAGGACAUACAAGAGUUUGUUAUGUGCAUACAAAUAUUAA